AUGCCGUUUUUUGGUGGGAGCAAAGUUGACAAAGCAAAACUGGAGGAGAAACUCCGUUACAGCCGAGAAACGCCUGAACCAACUUUUGAUCUCUCCGAAUGUGGUUUGAAGGACGUUCCCAAGAUUUUUGCCACGUGCAAAGUUUUCCGGAAGGAAACUCUGCUUUUAAUGGAAAAUUGCUUGACGUCGUUGGCUGGUGGUGGAAAUUUGUAUGACUUGGGAAUCCUCACGCACUUGAACCUUGCAUCGAACAGGUUUUCUGAGUUACCAAAAGAUUUCGGGGAUUGUCUCAUAAGCCUAAAGAGCUUGAAUGUACGUGACAAUCAGUUGAAGACUUUGCCGGAAUCCGUUUCGAAGUUGAAAUUCUUGGAGUGUUUGAUUGCUGCCAAUAACCGGCUGCAAAAGAUUCCAGAAAGCUUCUCAGCUUUGAAUCAGUUACGUGAGUUGGACUUGAGUCGGAACAAAUUGAAGGAUAUCCCCUCGACGUUCUGCAAACUGAAGAGGUUACAGCAUUUCUAUCUCGAGGGCAACCCAGACCUGAUCUUCCCUCCACUCCAAGAUGUUAAGAAAGGAACAAUUGCGAUCAUGCAGACUUUGUGCGAACGUGCUGGUGUCGCGUACGAACAGCAGAAAGACGAUGACAGGGAGCAGAAAGAUGCGUUUCUCGCUGCACAAGUAGAUUCUGACCGACGACGUUCCUGUCACGAUGCGGUUUUUGAAGCAGAAAUCAAAAUCAUCAGGCUCGAUUCCUUUCAACAGAGAGUCCGGCAGCGUGAAAUGCUGGAAACUGAAGAACGCCUGAAAGAAAUAGCUGCUCGCGAAGAAGCUGUCUGGCAGGAAAAUCUGGCCAGAUCGAAACAAAUCAUCUCGAGUUUGGCGGAGGAAAAUAAGGCCUUAGAUGAGAAGAUAAAGCUAGUUCAAGAAAAGAAGGAAAAGGAACGAGAGGAUAUGGUACAGCGAAUCGCGGAAAUCGAGAGCCAUUCGAAUGACUUGAUUGCCAAUCUUCUUGCCAUGAAUGAUUCUAGUCGAAAGGCAGAAGCUGAUGCGAUUUUGGACCAACUUCUGUUGUCAAAAGUUGAAACCGACCAAUUCAAUAACGAUCGACGUGUACAAACAUUAGAGAAAAUGGAGAAACAUUUAUCAGAGCUAAUGCAGAAAGAAGUUCUAACCUUGAGUGAAAAUUCGAGGCUAGCCAAAGAAUUUCUCAAGACAGCCGAAGAACAGAAUAUGGUCUCCGGAGAGAAGCUUUCGGAGUUGACGACGCGGAAGGCGAGUGAGCGGCAAGCAUUAGUCAAGCAGGUGCUGACCGACGAGGAUAUGCAACGUCAAAUGUUGCUUUCCUUGAUUAUGCAACGCGAUACGCAUCGAGUUGCCAUUUCGACUCAGUUGGAGAAGAUUCUCGAACAACUUGCUGCGUUGUCGAAAGCUGAAGCAGCCCAAAAGGAUUUACGGAUGAAAGGCCAAAUGGCAGCCCUGGAAAGCAAGAGAAAAAUGCUUUCCGACGUUCUUGCUGCUCUGAUCGUCCAGAAACAAAUACGUGAAGAAGAACUGGCGACGAGAUUGAAGGAAAUGGAAGAUCAGAUAUCUGACUCACAGGAUGGGUAUUGGAUAAUUCAAUAUCAGCGGCUCUUGGACACAGCACCAGAGACGCUUAGAGACGCAGAUGCAAGGAUGGAUUGGGUUCUCCGUGAUAUUCUGACUCGUGUUGGAGCUCAAAAAUAUAUUCCACAUUUCGCCCGUCGUCGUUUGACAGCUGCGAAUUGUGUUGAUUAUGAGAAAGAGGAUUACAUGAUGCUUGGCAUCAAAGACGCGGAUGUCGUGAAAGCGAUAAUGAAGGAAAUCGCCGAGUACAAGAUACAGCAAUUGAAAGCCCAAGAAAAGCUUUCAGUAUGUGCUCAAGACGUAGUAAGCACACUAGUUGUGCCUUCGGCCCCUCCUUUGGAAAUAAGCACGGAUGUGUCUUUGAACGAAAUUCCGGAACCAUCUGCCCCUCCAGUUGCAUUGACUGCAAGAAUCGAAGAGGAAUGUGUGGUGUGCAUGGAUAAAAAAUGCGAAAUGGUGUUCUUGAAUUGUGGACAUGUCUGCUGCUGCAAGGAGUGCUCGAAUCCGAUUGUGGAUUGUCCUCUCUGUCGUUCAAAAAUCGUUGCGAGGAUUAUUCUCGUUGGUGAUUCUGUUUGUUGUUUGUUUUGCGAAGAACAUCGGCUCUUGUCGAUGAAAUACAGUAUGGUGAAAUCAAAGCUUCCGCGAGAUGUUACGAUUGAGAAAGUCAAUAGGAAACUGAAAAUUCCACAGCUGACCCACUGGAAAUCAGAGGUCCGGGACACGCUGACGAGCUGUAUGAAAGUGUAUGAUAGGCGGCUCAAUGGAAUUCCUUACAAGUUUUCCAAUGCAGUCGCGUCGUCAUUCGUAGACGCUGCAGGAUUUGGAACAGUCAGUGCGGAUUUCUGGAUAUUCAGACCGGCUUCGGGGAGAUGUUACCAAAUGAGAUUGUUGAAAAUAUCCGGUGAUCGACUUUUCCUCGGAAAUUUCCUCACAUUUUCAGUGAAAGUUGAGUGCAGUCCAAACAAUCCGAAUCGUAAGGAAGCUGAUUCGGUGGCUGAAGGAGAUAUCUUGGAAUUCGAGUACUCCGACUACAAAGUCUCUCGCAAAAUGAUCGUUCUCUGUGGUGAAUUUCGUAGGCUUGUUCGGAAAACGGAUGGUUUCAAAAUGGAUCGAGAACGUGUAGCUGCGCUACUGCGGUCGUUGACUCAGUGUGGUUUAUUACACGAAUCUAGUGAAAAUCUCGGUGAGGAGUCAGGGGAGCAAGGUCCGAAGCAAGUUGGAACAUCUCUGGAGCUCUCGAAUCGUGACGAUCAGAAUGACUUCGAUUCAACGAAAAAAACGAAGUCUAAUUCAGCGAAUAUUUCGUCUAAACCGCCGGUCGAAGGUGAAGAAGACGACUUUGUUCCAUCUUCUCAAGCCGUCGUCACGGAGUCAAAAAAUGUAAAACGGAAAAAGAAACGUUCAACUGCAAUUCCGAACUCCGCCGACUCCGGACUUGAAAGUGUUGGUCGAGUGGGAUCCCUCGAAAAUUGUUCAUCAUGGACCGGGUCAGUUGAUGAGGGAGAAGAAAAUGUUACUGAGCCAGCAAUCUCUCCCACUUUGGCGAAGAAGACUAAGAAGAAGAAAGGCGGUCUUACGUGGAGCGCGGUGGUGUCGACUAUCAAACUCAACCAGCUUCCAGGCGAUGAUGAAGUUUCGGUAUCAAAAUUGAGCAAAAAAUCCGAUGGUGUAGAUUCCGACCCUGAUCUGAAGCAUAAAAAAAAUAAGUCGAUCUCGUCAAGCAAUGAUCGCCAAAAUGCAAUCGACGGACCCUUCUCGAUCACUGGGAAAAAAGGACAAGUUCCGGCUCCCGUUACAUAUCCCGCUGUUGUUGAAUCAACGUCUGACUCUGAUUCCGAAGAGCCUGACUCGACGCUUUUCAUGAAGCCUAGCUCGGUUACGUUGAAGCAGAAAUUGAAUAAAAAUUCUCUAGAAUCCAUUUCGCAAAAAGCCUCGUCGAAGGGCAAGAGAUCGUCGGUAUCGACCGGUGAAAAAUCUAUCGCUCAAUGUAGUCCAAUAAUGAAACCCGAAUCGCCGAAAAAUCUCGCGGAUGAUCACCAGGGUUCCAAAGCACAAGAAGCGAACACAACCCCUGAUAACUCUUCAACAAGCAAGUCUUUAAUUCGCGCUGAUAGCCCGUCAGGCUCAUCUAAUCUCCUUUCCAAAGUAACUCCUGGUCAUCUCUCACCCUCUAAAAAACCUGACGUGAUGAAGACCAAGGAAUGUUCGUCUUCUUCAAAGAAAACGGUUCUUGAAUGCUUUUCGUCUUCGUCCGACAGCGAUGACGAGUUGCCUCAUAAACGGCCACCUUGCAUUGACGAAAUUCCCGAGCCUUUGGUUUCAGAGUCGUCUGAUGAGAGGGACGACAUUUUUUCCAACUUCCUGGGUAACACCUUGAAAUCCGUUCCUCAAUCCUAUGAACAAGCGGAAGAUGAAUCGAGAAGUGUUACGAAUUUAAAAUCUUCGGAUUUUCUCUCGAUGGCCAGUGGAAUGAGGGAGGAAUCCUCUGAUAGUAGUGAUGAAGAACUAUCAGUACAGAAAGACACGCCUCAUGUGCCGAAUAAUUCGAAGAGCAAACCGAAUAGUCAUGAAAACAGUCAUGCGAGGUCUUCAUCCCAUAAACGUGACGGUGUGGACGAAUCCGGUGAUGAAUCAAAGAAAAAUCGAAAGGCUUCCGUUAUUCAUCGUGUUGGAAACUCGAGCUCCAGUCAUGACUGUGAGGGAGGAGCGUCUGAGAAAUUGGAAAACUCGUCCAAGAAUAUUUUACUUCCUGGGAAAAAACGGAGAAAAAUAUCAAGCGUUGCAACAAAUCCAAAGUCCAGUGGAGUUACCAAGGAAUCGUCGAGUGAAAGUACUGAUGAAGAGGAAAGAUCUCGUCAGGAGGCCGAGCCAAAUUUGCCGAAUGAUUCUGUGAAUAACCCAGUUCAUAAGAAAGGCGAUGCGGUGGAUUCUUCUUCGCAAAAAUGCAACGCCGUCGUACCCAGAAGUAGACCGAAAAAUCAACAUGCAUCGUCGUUUGAAAGCAGUCAGCGUGGCGAAUGUUCCAACUCGAGUGAUGACAGUGAGGAAGAACAGUCUGAGGAAUUCGGAAAAGUUUCCAAGAAUAUUUCCUUUUCUGAAAAACAAUUUAAAGCGAAAUCAAGCAUAGCAAAUUUCAGACCUUCUUCUAUUAGAACCACGAUGACUAGUGGAAUUAGCUUGGAAUCUUCUGAUGAAAGCAGUGACGAAGAAAUAUCGCCUCAAACAGACACGACUUUUGUGUCAAGAAAGUCGGAAGUCAAACCGGCAAAAAAGGAUUACUUGUGUUCUCCAUUGCAAAAAUUCAACGUUAUUGCAACCAGAGAUGAGCAAAAAAAUAAACAUGUACCAUCUUCAGGAAACCAUGUCGUUGAUGAAGAAUUAAGCUCGAGUGACGAAGAAGAACAUGCGUCUGACACUCUUCGACAAUAUUCAAAGAUUUCAUCAUCUGGGAAAGCAAAAUCGAGCGAUACGACGAAUCCGAAAUCUGCACCUAAGACGCUGAAGACUAUUGGUAUCCGUUUUGAAUCAUCUGAUGAAUGUAGUGAUGAAGAGAAAAAUAUACGCGAAGAAGUCGAACCACGUGCACCAAAUGAUGACGUGAGUUCUCCGUCGCGAAAGUUUAACCCCGUGGAACCCGUUUGCAAACCAAAAGCUAAGCCUGCAGCAUCGUCUCAUAUCAACAUCUCCAAUGAAAAUUCAAGCUUGAGUGAUACCAGCGAAGAGAGUACACUUGAAAAUCUUGGAAAGCCUUCGGAGAAAUCAUCACUUACGACUCCAAGUUAUUCUUCUCAGAAAAUCUCGGCGAAUACCGCAGAAGCUGUACCUCAGUCGUCGCGAAGAAAAAAGAGUGACUCUUUUGCUUCGAGCGAAGGCUCUCCGGAUCUCCGAAAAAGAGAACAGAACAAAUCGACUCUUGAAAGUCGUUUAGGAAAAUCGUCUGGCACGACCGGUCCUCGCCCGCGUUCGAAAUUGACUCCAUCAAUAGAAAAUGAUUUUCCUGCUGUUCCGACCCGUAUUCCUACUAGUGAUGAUGAAUACGUAGGCUUCUGUGAUCCCUCGACUCUCGAGUGUGUUAAGAAACGGGCAUCUGAUCUCAAACCUGUUUCACCGUCUGUGAAACGAAAACGAAAGCAAAAGCCGCCACCAGUUUCUCCAAAUCCGAGGAUAACGUCGAGUCUACGACCUGCGAAAAUCACGAAGAGGAAAACCUCCGGUUCGGGCGAAGGUCCGAAUGCCCAGAACGCUGAACGAGUCGGUAAACGUCCCAAAAGGAAUGCCUUGGAAUUAGACAUCGAUGAGAAUCCUGUUCAGGACGAACUGAAGAACGAUGUUGUAGCCCAUGUACUUGACGCUGUUGAUGGAAAAGCCAGCCAGAAAUCGCGGAUGAAGAACUUGACGGAACGCAGUCAAGAUGAAUUUCGAGUAAAACAGUCAAUUACAAAUGCUAAGAGAACAAAGCAUUCACAAAUUUCAGGCAAUGAAAACGACGAUCAUGCAAUGUCAAGCGGAGAAGGAAAAUCGGCCUUUUACUUCCAGGGUUUGAAUGAUCCUGUAAAACGGAUUUUCGAACAGCUUCGCGAGGCUGCAAUACAAUGCUCUAUGAAAGGGAAAAGUGAGAGUGAAGCGUUUUCCGCCAUGGCCGACGUACUUGCUGCUGCGAAACGAACUGUGCCCGCGAGUACUGAAGCUACUGCGGACCCUUCUGGGAAAGCCAAGCAGAAACGGUCCAACGUAGGAGCAGCAUCCAAGAAAAGCCGGAAGGAUCUUUCGUCAUCAAAUUCAAUCAAUCAGGCAAUCAAAAGUCCGAAAAGCUUGCCCGCUGAGACGAAGUUAACGAGGAGACGUUCAAAGAGCCAGGUCACGAGAAAUGAAUACCCAGAGUUUACCGAAACGUCCGAGCUUUCAACCGCGACUCUACCGGAUGAUGAUGAGGAAUAUGUACCUGCGACGUCCAAGAGUCCGAAAAAAACGCGUCCUUUAAAAAUAACCGAAGGGGCUUCGAAAUCAUCGAGAAAACCUCGAGCCGGGAAGAACUCAAUUUCACCUUUGAAUUCGACGAAGACUUCCUUGACGGAGUCCGCAGCUUCUGGUAAUUCCAAUACCUGUUCACAAUCUUCGUUGAAUAAUGGUGGUGUCGCCGCAGUGAGGUAUAGGAAAUUGAACGGAGAAAACGUGCCUUCGCAAUCUUCUGGUCUGACGAUGAAGGAACUUGAAUGGCGGCGCCGUAUCAAAGAAAUCUGUAAAUCAAGUUCUUCUGAUGAUAGUAGUGAAGAUGAGGCUGAAAGAACUAUCGUGCCUGGAAAAGCUGUGAAUCCGAUGAGAACACCGGCCGUGAAACGACUGAUGAAAGGGACGAAGUCGUCUUCCCACUCCACCCCACUUUCUAAUGGCUGUGAUUCCGAUAUUCAAAGUCCCAACGUGUCCAAAAUCACACUUUAUGGCAAGACUCCGGAGGCAGACAAGAAGCGUCUUCGAGAUGCCACAGACGCGGAUAAGACGAAGCUCCAACAAAUGUCUCCGUCGUUCUACUCAAAAGCAGAAAUAAUCGCGAAAAUGAAACCAUUGGUUCAUCAAGUGGACUACUUCGGAACCAUGAAGCAUUUUUUUUGCGCACCAAAAAGCUACUUGAUCCUCGGUGUCUCAGGAUUGAUUCCUUUUGCCUUCCCCACGUUUUACUGCGUUGUUUCUGGAACAUUCUAUCCGGAUAUGAUCCAUGCUCAAGUUGUUUAUGGUGCCUCGAUUCUUGCCUUUCUUGGUGGCGUUCGCUGGGGUCACCUUCUCGGCACUGAGGGUAUUAAAGCAUCGACAAAAGAUGUGGCAAUUUCGACAAUUCCUAGUUUGGCCGCCGUGAUGGGGCUUUUGAUGUCGCAUCCGUUUAGUGAUAUGGCGGUUAUGCUCAGCUUGGCCGGUGCUGGUUUCUACGAUGGGUUGUGGCAGGCUUAUCCUGUUUGGUUCCGAGCGAUUCGCCUUGGAUUAACCACCAUUGCAGUCGGGUCCAUUUUUAUUGCCUUGUUUGCAAGAAUGAUUUUACCUCACGAAAAGCAAGAAAAUGUGAAGGUGAAGUAA